AUCUCUCUCCGGUCUCCACUACUCCCUAUUUAUUCACUGUAAUCUCACCAACCGCGUUGGUUCAUUUUAGGUUUUGCUGAAUUAUUGGCGGGAACCAUCAGUCUUCUCUGUAAGAUUAGGGUUCAUAACCUGGUAGGAUACAAGCAACUACGAAGGUGUCUGAUCUGUCUGAUAUCAAAUUCAGUCUUACUCCCUCUCUGAGAUCAAGAGCUUGAGUGACAGUGAAAGAUGUUCACAACCAGACCUCCAACAACGUCACUGCUCCUCUCUCUCUCCGAAACUCUAAAUAAUCAAAACCUAAUUCAUAAACUGUCAUUCCCUAUUAGCUACCCAAAACCAAACAAAAGCCUCUCCUACUUCAAAUCUUCUCCUCUUAAAGGUGUGCUUGCAACGAAAAAUGAGAGUCAAUCACCAGUGUCACAAACCCCUUCUCAAACCAGGGUAGAUAUUCUUUCAGAAUCUCUUCCAUUCAUUCAGAGAUUUAGAGGCAAGACCAUUGUCGUCAAAUAUGGAGGUGCUGCCAUGAAGUCGGAAUCACUCCAAGCUUCAGUCAUCAAUGACCUAGUACUCCUUUCAUGCGUGGGGCUCCGCCUUGUGUUUGUCCAUGGUGGUGGCCCAGAAAUUAACAGCUGGCUCAGUCGACUUGGGAUCAAACCUAAUUUUCUCAAUGGCCUCCGAGUAACUGAUGCGUCAACCAUGGAAAUAGUUGAGAUGGUUCUUGUUGGUAAGGUAAAUAAACAACUGGUCUCUCUCAUCAACAAAGCUGGUGCCACCGCCGUGGGUCUCUCAGGGAAGGACGGCCGACUCCUCACUGUUCGACCUAACAUCAAGUCUGCUGAACUCGGGUUUGUUGGUGACAUUGCUGGGGUGGACCCUUCCAUCCUGCGGUCCUUAAUUGCCAGUGGUCAUAUCCCGGUGAUUGCAUCAGUGGGGGCCGAUGAGGAUGGGCAAGCAUACAACAUUAAUGCAGAUACUGUGGCCGGGGAAUUAGCAGCUGCUCUAGGAGCUGAGAAAUUGAUACUGUUGACUGAUGUCGCCGGAAUUCUUGAAGAUCGAGAUGAUCCAGGAAGUUUGGUGAAGGAAAUUGAUAUCAAGGGGGUGAGAGAAAUGGUAGAUGAAGGAAAGAUAGCUGGAGGGAUGAUCCCGAAGGUUACUUGCUGUGUUAGGUCACUUGCACAGGGAGUUCGUACUGCUAGCAUCAUUGAUGGGAGACUCCCGCAUUCGUUGCUCCUGGAAAUUCUCACUGAUGAAGGAGCUGGAACGAUGAUUACUGGGUAACAUCUACGCUGGUGCAUUGUUAGGUGUUAAGAGGGAAUAGUGUUGCAUUGUCUGGAAAACUUUUUUAACAAAGGAAGACCAACAUGAAGAUGUGAUGCAAUGUCCCAGAUAAGUUCUACUUUGCAGGUGUGAGGAAUAGCCUGGAUUGUUAGUAGCUUUUGUUUAGCAAGCAUUAAGAUGAGAUGAAAUGCCCCUUAAGCUUGGUUUUUGACAUUCAAACUUGUGAACUACUAAGAUUUGGAUCUCUAACCGUAUGCUAGUGCGAAUUACUAGUAUUUUACGAAAAGAAAAGUGAUUUUAAGAGAGCCAUUUAGGGUGUAGGGUCAUUGUCUUACAUCCAUAAGUUAUCCUCGUAAUAUUUCCAGUCCGCCUUUCAUCACAAGCAUAUACUUUCCUCAUGGAGACUAUUAAUAAUAAACUUUCCUUGAAUA